CGCUGCGCGCGCUCUGUUCUUUGCGGACCCAAUCAUGGCGGCUACGGCCACGAUGGCUACCUCGGGCUCGGCACGGAAGCGGCUGCUCAAAGAGGAGGACAUGACUAAAGUGGAAUUCGAGACCAGCGAGGAGGUGGACGUGACCCCCACGUUCGACACCAUGGGCCUGCGGGAGGACCUGCUGCGCGGCAUCUACGCCUACGGUUUUGAAAAACCCUCAGCAAUCCAACAGCGAGCAAUCAAACAGAUAAUUAAAGGGAGAGACGUCAUUGCACAGUCUCAGUCUGGCACAGGCAAAACAGCCACUUUCAGCAUUUCAGUCCUCCAGUGCUUGGAUAUCCAGGUUCGUGAAACCCAAGCUUUGAUCUUGGCUCCCACGAGAGAGUUGGCUGUACAGAUCCAAAAGGGCCUGCUUGCUCUUGGUGACUACAUGAACGUCCAGUGCCAUGCCUGCAUCGGGGGUACCAAUGUGGGUGAGGACAUCAGGAAACUGGAUUAUGGACAGCAUGUUGUCGCAGGCACACCAGGGCGUGUCUUUGAUAUGAUUCGUCGGAGAAGUUUAAGGACACGAGCUAUCAAGAUGUUAGUUUUGGAUGAGGCUGAUGAAAUGUUGAAUAAAGGUUUCAAAGAGCAGAUUUACGAUGUGUACAGGUACCUGCCUCCAGCCACACAGGUGGUCCUCAUCAGUGCCACGCUGCCCCACGAGAUUCUGGAGAUGACCAACAAGUUCAUGACAGACCCCAUCCGCAUCCUGGUGAAGCGUGAUGAAUUGACCCUGGAAGGCAUCAAACAGUUUUUUGUGGCAGUGGAAAGAGAAGAGUGGAAGUUUGACACCCUGUGUGACCUCUACGACACACUGACCAUCACUCAGGCCGUCAUCUUCUGCAACACUAAAAGGAAGGUUGACUGGCUGACGGAGAAGAUGAGGGAGGCCAAUUUCACUGUGUCCUCCAUGCACGGAGACAUGCCCCAGAAGGAGCGCGAGUCCAUCAUGAAGGAGUUCCGCUCGGGUGCCAGCCGAGUGCUCAUUUCGACCGACGUCUGGGCCCGGGGCUUGGACGUCCCUCAGGUGUCGCUCAUCAUUAACUAUGACCUGCCCAAUAACAGAGAAUUGUACAUUCACAGAAUUGGGAGGUCGGGCCGGUAUGGCCGCAAGGGCGUGGCCAUCAACUUUGUGAAGAAUGACGACAUCCGCAUCCUGAGGGACAUCGAGCAGUACUACUCCACCCAGAUCGACGAGAUGCCCAUGAAUGUUGCUGAUCUGAUCUGAGGAAGCGGCCGAGGGGCUGAAGCUGCUCCCCAGUUCCUGUCUCCGGUUGGGGCAGCUGCCACGGGUUGGUGUGAACUCUCCCGUCCCCACCCUACCCCCAGAGUGCCCCCCCCCGGGUUCUCUUGUCUUUUCUUAUCCACGUGUAAAUAAUGCAUUACUCUUAAGUCUUUUUCAGUAAACAUUUAAAACUUUUGCCACAAA